CGUGUGCGUAAAUUGACGGCAAAUGCUUAAAUCUCCUGUACUGAGUAAGCGGUAUAAUCCAUAAACGUCAGUGUUAAACUGUGAAUGAGGAUGCUCGGACUAUUCACGUCUCUCCAGCGCAAGUUGCAGAAGAGAGAGAGAGAGAGCGAACGACCAUACAGGCGAGACCACGGGAAUACAGAAAGCUUACAAUUGGAAGCUUUUCUUCGUGUUACUCCUGUGGAACCGGUGAUGAAAGCGUGUCGUGUUGCGUGAUAGACUACCGUCAAACAGUGCAACGAUGCAGUCCAUAACCCUCUUGUUAUUUAAUUGAGGUCGAGUCAUUUUUUUUCCUCAGGGGGCAACUUAUAUUUUGUUCAAAGGCACGUCCCCCCCCCCCCCCCCAGAUAAUAAGGAUGGCGGUAGAGUUCCAUCUGCGACGUGUCUAUACGGGUUCAGCAACUAUAUCCUACGGAUUGACUUGUGUGUUUUGGUGGAAUAACCGAGGAAAUUAAAGAAAGGAAGAAAAGUAUACAUUUUGAACACGACACAUUUGCCGAGGACGUAUUUCUCAAGGACAUCGAUAAACAGGCAGCGGGAUAAUUAUAUAACCACAAUUUUUUGGUUUUAAAAGUCGACGGUUUAACGUGGAGUGAGGAACGGAUAUAAGAUAUCUCACAACGGAUUGUAGCGACUACUUUGCCCGAAGACAACUUUGAGUUCAAACUAGCAACAUGCACUAACCUACUGUGAAGUAAGAAUUUAUUUAUUUAUUUAUUUAUUUAUUAUUAUUAUUAUUAUUAUUAUUAUUAUUAUUAUUAUUAUUAAUGCGACGGUGAAGUUCUUAUUUUAUUUAGGCUGCUAUUUUAUAAAAAAGCGGGGAAGAAUAAUGUGUUGACGUUUUAAUUUCCAUAUAUCAUCAGCUGCAGCAGGUAUGCGCGCGUUUUCUUGGACAUACCAUCUGUUCCGCUAAGAAUCUGAUCUCGCGGACCCGCCUGGGAAGUCAUUAAAACGAACAAAUCAGACAAACGCGGGGGGAAAAAAAGAGAAAAAAAUCAAUAGACAAUAUCGACAGCCUUAUAUAUAAGGCUAAUGAUCACUUCGUCAGUUGUGUUAUUUAACGUAGCGCUUUGACAGCGGAGUGCCAUUUGGGACUACUACUGGACGCGUAGCUGCUGAACCAGGGAGGAGAAAAUACAUAAAAUAAAGACGUUUUUGCAAGCUAGGAUUCUGGUUGGAUUUUAGAUGUUUUGGUGUUUCAAGAUUUGAACGUUUUUUUUUUUUUUUUUUAAAUUCUCGAUCUUUCUCUUGGAAGCUAUAACCGGGCGCUUAAUUUUAUUAAUUACAAAAAAGAGGUUUCUCUUUUUUUUUAAUUUUUUUUUUAAAAUAUUGAUGACAUACAAACUUCUGGUAAGCUGGUAGCAAUGGUAAGGAGGGCAGCGCAGCCUACAGACCAGGCGGUCCGUAGCCCCCGCUCCGAGACGCCGCUUUCCCCAAAGCUGCCGUCGCUCCGACCCAGUGGAAUUAUGAGGUGAUUCCUGCCUCCCGAGAACUGCAGAAGAUGGAUUUGAACUUGUCCACGGUCCUCGACAGCGACCUGCCGGAGAAGGACUCGUCCGCCCGGGUCCUGACCGGCUGCUUCCUGUCCCUGCUCAUCCUGACGACGCUCCUGGGGAACACGCUGGUGUGUGCCGCCGUCACCCGCUUCCGCCACCUGCGCUCCAAGGUCACCAACUUCUUCGUCAUCUCGCUGGCCAUCUCGGACCUGCUGGUGGCCAUCCUGGUGAUGCCGUGGAAGGCCGCCACCGAGAUCGUGGGCUUCUGGCCGUUCGGCUCCUUCUGCAACGUCUGGGUGGCGUUCGACAUCAUGUGCUCCACCGCGUCCAUCCUCAACCUGUGCGUGAUCAGCGUGGACCGCUACUGGGCCAUAUCGAGCCCCUUCCGGUACGAGCGGAAGAUGACGCCCAAGGUGGCGUUCGUGAUGAUCAGCGUGGCGUGGACCCUGUCCGUCCUCAUCUCCUUCAUCCCCGUGCAGCUGAACUGGCACAAGGCGCAGGCGGCGGGCUUCCUGGACCUCAACGGAACCUUCCGGGAGCCGCCGCCGCCGGACAACUGCGACUCCAGCCUCAACCGCACCUACGCCAUCUCCUCGUCCCUCAUCAGCUUCUACAUCCCCGUGGCCAUCAUGAUCGUCACGUACACACGGAUCUACAGGAUCGCGCAGAAGCAGAUCCGGCGGAUCUCCGCCUUGGAGAGGGCGGCGGAGAGCGCCAAGAACCGCCACAGCAGCAUGGGCAACAGCAUGGAGUCGGAGAGCUCCUUCAAGAUGUCCUUCAAGCGGGAGACCAAGGUCCUGAAGACCCUCUCGGUCAUAAUGGGGGUGUUCGUCUGCUGCUGGCUGCCCUUCUUCAUCCUCAACUGCAUGGUGCCCUUCUGCGAGCAGGCGCACCCCAGGGGCGCAGCCGACCUCCCCUGCGUCAGCUCCACCACCUUCGACGUCUUCGUCUGGUUCGGCUGGGCCAACUCGUCCCUCAACCCCAUCAUCUACGCCUUCAACGCCGACUUCCGCAAGGCCUUCUCCACGCUGCUGGGCUGCCACAGGGUGUGCUCGGGCGGCAACGCCAUCGAGAUCGUCAGCAUCAACAACAACAACGGGGCCGCCGCCCACUCCUACCACUACGAGACCAAGGGCCACAUCCCCAAGGAGAGCAACGUGGCCUACAUGAUCCCCCACUCCAUCCUCUGCCUGGACGAGGAGCUGGAGAAGAGGGAGGAAGACUCCGCGGGGAUGAAGGACCUGGAGAAGCUGUCGCCCGCCGUGUCGGGGGACUUGGACAGCGAGGCCGAGGUCUCCCUGGACAAGAUCAACCCCACCACGCAGAAUGGACAGCACAAGUUGUGAAGGCUGUAAGGGAGGGAAAUGGCAUCAUGUUGCAGAGGAACACUUCACCACAUUGAGCUUUGCGUCGAUCCGUGCUUACAUACCACAGCGUAAGAGGAAAUAGAUCCACAAUGGACGUGCGGUGUGGAACUGCGGUAUUAUGACGAACUGACCUUCACUGAGGACCUUAAAUUCUAUGUAGUGUCCUAAACUCGACAGAAAUCUACAGAAUGUUACAGAGGCACUUUAUACUGAAUAACUCUGCAAAAUGCUUUCUCCACUUGUCAAAGAAAGUGAAAUGUAUAUGUGAAUAAAUAUGUGAACAAAUCAUGAAAAAAAAUCUAAUGUAACUUGAAUAAACAAAACAAAAAAAAAUGUAAAUGUACAUUUGCCACGUGGCAAGGAAAUUAGAAGCCCAUUUAACUUGGAAUCAACAGAAAGUAGAAAAUAAGCAAACAUCUCUUGUAGGUAAGUGCUCUGUGUUCAAAUAUACAUUUUAUUUUGUAUAUUUUUGACCAAACAUUAGGUGAAUUGGUGUUGAAUGUUUUGCUUUAAGGAGCAGUCUGUACUUUAUUUUGUAUUUAUUUAUAAUAUAAUUGUACUGCAGCAAAAAUUAUUUUGACUGUUAUUGGUAGUUCUGCUUAUGGUAUUGCACAAAAUAUGAAAAAAAAAAUUGAGUUUGACCAUAUGAUUCAUGCAAUCAAACAGCAUCCCUUUUCAACCAUUUAAAUUGUGAAAGAGUUGAAAGAAGUUUCAUGUCGGUUAAAAAUCAGUUAAAACUGAGAUUUUACAAAUC